CGCUCCUCAGACCUUACAAAGCAACGGCUCUCCUCUGUUUCCCAUAUUAAAUAAAUCUCAACCCAAACCCUAUUCCAAUUCCACCAUUACUCUCUUCUUUUUCUUCCUCUUCCUCAAGCAAAUCCUAUUUCAAUGGAGGUUCUCACCCGAUCACACGUUCAACUUUCCGACUCUGAUGACGCCCAAACGGCAGCGAUCCUAAUCCCAGAACUUGACAAAAAGUUGGAAAUUUCAAAUUCUGAGUGUAAAACUACAACUCCAGAUGAGAAAACAGAAGAAAAACAGAGGGUUUUUGUUCCUGGAAAGGAAUCCAAGGUGCCAAAAAGCCCUACAAAGCUGAAUCUGGAGUGCAAAACUCCAACCCCGGAUGAGAAAACGGAUAAAAAAGAGAGGAUUUUGGUUCCAAAAAAUGGGUCAAUGGAUCGAUCCAAGGUGCCGAAAAGCCCUGGAAAGGUGAAUUUGGAGUGUAAAACUCCGACACAAAGGGUGAAAAUAGGAGGCAUUGAGUUUCCUAAAAAUGGUACUCCUAAUCGCCUCAAACUCCCCAUCGCAUUCAAAUAUCCGGAAAGGUAUAAAAGUCCCACUGAUCUGAUGAUUUCUCCUAUCAGCAAAGGCCUUCUUGCCAGAACAAGGAAAGGAGCUGUUCCUUCCAAGGUUUUUAAAACUCUUUCUUUCUUUCUUAACUCUUUAUUAGUUACUAUCUAAAAUGAAAUUAUUGAUCUAAAAAAAUAAAUGAAUAAUUAAUUACACAUUGACAAUCCUUUGAGUUUUAUUCAAUUUUCAGAUUUUGUGUUGAAUGUAUCCAUGCCAAUCUUGAGUUCCGUUUGGGAACUUUUUUAUUUUUUCUUCUUCUUCUUUUUUUUUUUAAUUUUUUUUUCAAUUUUUGUAGUUUUUGAAAAUUAAUCAUAAAAAUACUUCGUCCACUAAAUUUGUUGCUUUGUUAAUAACUACUUUUUGUCCAUGUCUAAAUACAGCCUGAAAAGUGAAAACCAAGGAAAAAAAUAUCAAAUUCAUUUCCAAAUACGGCCUGGAAACAUAACUGAAUAUACUGAACGUAGAUUACGAAUAGUCUAAUGGAAUUUUUAAAAUAUCAAAUUUAGUGUCUAGUGGAGUUGCAAAAUUGAAAAUAUAUAAAAGUUUGGACACUGAUUUUGGGAUUUUGAAAGGUCUGGGGUGUACAUUUGGAAACUAAAAUUGUAAUUCAACCCAUAAAAAUACUCUUUUAUGAAUCUAGAAAUCACCAUUCUUUCAAUUUUCUCUUUUUGUUGAUGGCAGAUGCAUGAGUUGAGAAAUUCAGAGAUGAGCCUUCUAUCCCAAAGCUGAACUCUAGGGAUUCUAUUCCUUUUCCUCUUCAAGAAUUUUGCUCACUCAAAUUGUGAUGCAAAAAUCUAGAAAUCUUCUUCUUAGAAGAACAUUCUAUUUCCAGCCCCUUUUAUCUCUUCUUUGCUUUGUUUAAGUGUUUCUUCCAAUCUACUGUUGUGAAUUACUAUGUCAUAUAAUAUUGUGGGUUAGUUGGGUCAUUUUUUCCCCCUCUCAAGUGCUUUGUGAACAUCCAUUUGUUUGUGUGUAACUAUUAUUCAAAAUUACUAUUCCAAAUGGUUUGAUAAAAAUA